AAUUUUUGACAUUACAAAGUUAGAUUUGUUUUCAUUUAGCAUUACAAACAGUUUAAAUUUUACAACCUAGAAUCAACAGUUGUAAACUGCAAAAACUCCUUAAAAAUCUAUGGAAUGAGUGAUGAAAGGGAACCCUUGUGUUGUUGUGAAUAUUAUGAUAAAGAUAAAAAUCGCAGUCACCUUUUGACACUAUGCUGUUUCUGUGAAGAUUUAGAUGAAGGAUUUGAAAGUUUUAUAACGGGCAAAGGUUUUCCCCAGAAUCGAAAGCAUAAAUUUAUGGCUAAUUUGCAGGAUCGCUUGAGAAUACCUUGGAAAGGUGGUGCAAAAGUAAUUGGGAUAGAUGCUUUACUUCCAAUUAUCAUUUUGCCAGUUAUUUUCAUCAUAGCUGCCCAAAGUUUAUGGUGGACAAUUUUUUCCUUUUCCACAAUAACUGUGUUCUUAUUGUACAUCUUCAGAGUUCUCAUUCAAAUUGCACCCACAACCAAAUUCUUCUUCACUUGGACUAUUACUUCUAUAGUCAUUUUGUACAUUGUUUUUGAAUUUGUUGUGAUACCUUUAUUAGAGAUACUUUUGGAAGAGAACAUUGCUUUGAGCUUACUAAUUGCAGCCUUUUUAUUUUGUCUCUAUACUUUGAGGAAUAGAGCUAACCAGUUUCAUAGGUUUCAAGAUGAUUCUGAGACACUUACUAAACCAGGAACAAGAUUUCAUAAUUGUUCCAUUUGUCAUACUACUGUACCUGAUAAAGAUCAUCAUUGUAUAUGGUAUGACUGUUGUAUUUCUAGAAAGAACCAAUUUUUAUUCAUAUUAUCUCUAUUCUUUGCUGCUGCAGCUCUACUGUACAGUUCUAAUUUAACUUUAACUUCAGUAUGUCAUCCUUUCAAACUUUAUGAGACAAUUCUUCUCCCAGAUGAUUGUUCAGAAGUUUAUCAAGCUUUUGAAUUAGGAAUUUCCUUUGUGUCAGCUAUAUAUAGUAUUGCAUUGGCAGUUAUCAUCCUCAUUAUAUUGAUGCAACAAAUAUUUCUAGUAUCUAUAGGUUUAACAAGAAAAGAGUGGAACAAACUUCCCCUGUCUUCAAAAUGUUUACUGGGAUUAACCAGUCGAAGACCUCAUAACAGAGGAUUCAUCAAAAAUUGGACCCGUAUUAUUUAUUGGACUGAACCAACUUAUAGCAUAGUUAGUCAAACAUGAAAAAUGUGGGAUAUCUUUUUUUCAUUAUUAUGAAAUACACUAUUUUUCUAUGAGAAAAUAUUCUGAGGUUAAAAUUAAAAUUUUAUUUUUAUAAUUCUAAUGAAAAGUUGCAAUAAAUAGAUAUAAUAUAGUU